AUGACAAACUUAGAAAGACUUUUCGCCUUUUGCAUUCUUCUUUUAAUCACUUGUUCUAAGCAUCAUCUAAUUAUAUCUAGUUGCUUAGCAAGUUCAGAUAUUCCUGCAGACAAAAUAAUAGAGCAAAAGCUUGACCAAGUGUUGAAGCUGCCAGGCCAAAACUUCAACCUCAGCUUUGCACAUUACUCUGGUUAUAUCACGGUCAAUGCUUCAGCCGGUAAAGCUUUUUUCUACUGGUUCGUAGAGUCUGCUGAGGACCCUUCUUCGAAGCCUCUUGCUCUUUGGCUCAAUGGAGGACCUGCAUGCUCAUCCAUUGCUUUUGGGGAGGCAGAGGAAAUUGGACCCUUUCGUCCUACCGCAGAUGGAAAAUCAGUUUACUUGAAUCCUUAUGCUUGGAAUCAAGUUGCUAAUAUAAUAUUCGUGGAGUCUCCCGCUGGAACUGGUUUUUCAUAUUCAAAUACUUCCUCCGAUCUUUAUAACACUGGAGAUAGAAGUACUGGUAAGGACAACUUAGCAUUUAUUUUGGGAUGGUUGGAACGUUUCCCUCAAUACAAAGGAAGAGACUUCUAUCUCUUAGGGGAGAGCUAUGGAGGACAUUUUGUACCACAGCUUAGCACACUUAUCAUACGGCAUAACAAAGCAGCUGCUGAAAAGAUCAAUUUCAAGGGCAUCCUGAUUGGAAAUGUGUUGAUUGAUGAUUACCAUGACCAGUUGGGAAUUUUCGAUUUCUUGUGGACAGUGGGUUUGAUUUCUGAUACAGCACUGAAGAUGCUUAAAGAAAAUUGUGCCCACGAACCCUACUUGAAUGCCUCAUCCGAAUGUGGAAAUGCACAUAAUUUUGCUGCAAAUGAGAUUGGAAGUAUUGAUUACUACAGUGUUUAUACUCCAAAAUGCACUUCUUCUUCAUCAACCACAUCAAACUUGUUAUCAAAAAGAUGGCCUACACUCUUGAGGAGCCAAAGCUACGAUCCAUGUACAGAGGCACAUUCAAUUAUUUACUUCAAUCUCCCUGAGGUUCAACAAGCUCUUCAUGUCAGAGGAUCACCAGUAAAAUGGGAAACUUGCGGCCUGACCGUGCAUUAUGCUUGGAAGGAUUCCGCCAGAUCUCUCUUAAACACCAUAAAAGAACUCACAACUUCUGGAAUUCGCAUUUGGAUUUACAGUGGAAAUACUGAUGCUGUGAUCCCUAUUACAUCCACUCGAUAUAGCCUGCGAGCUCUUAAUCUUCCAACUGUAGGUUCAUACCUACCUUGGUAUGAAGAUGGCCAGGUGGGAGGAUGGACUCAGCAAUAUGAAGGGCUAACCUUUGUUGCAGUUAACGCUGCAGGUCAUGAAGUGCCUCUGCACAAGCCUAAACAAGCCCUCACAAUAUUCAAGGCCUUCUUAGCAGGCACACCACUAGCCACGUCUAAACAAUUCAGUGACCAUUAAUGUCUAAUAUAGCACAGAGGGUUCAUCUUUCACUAUGAAUAAAGUAAUGCAGCGCAGAUGAUGCUUGUGGUGUUGUAAUUGUGUUGGAAACAAUAAUUAUUCCACCUCUAUUGGAUGCUAAUGAAUAAUUUCUGUGUGUAAA